AUGUGGCAUUACUUUGUUUAUGUGGUUUUGGUGGGUUUGUUUUGUGAUGAUUAAUUGCCUGUUAAUUUGUAUUAAUGGCAAUAAAGUAAAAAAAAAAAAAAAAAAAAGUGUGCAAUAGUUUAGGAAAUAGGUUACAAUUGCACAACAGAUGUGUUUUCAACAAGUGCAUCCAGUAUUGUCUAAAAUCAGGCUGACAAACUCUGCAGAAAGCACCAUGACUGUCAUCUCUGUCGACCAUCACAGGACCUAUGAAUGACAAACCAGAAAGGCUCUCACUGCUCUUUUUUCCUAUAUUAAAAUUAUUAUCGGAUGUAGGCAGAGGAGGGGGUGGAGAGAGGCAAGCUGUCAGAUAAUAUGUUCCACGAAUAGAUGUCGAUGGGAGGAGUUUCUUGCCCCAAGGGGGUAGGUAGACAGCAAACACCUUCAGCAUCUUUUUCCAAGGCGCGCUUUAAUGUGGAGCCACACACAGCAGCCUUAUGGAGAGCCGAGGGGACGGUGGAGAGGUCCAGCAGUCUGAGUGGAGCUUUACACUAAUAUGGGAUUUCACUGAGUGGACGUGGGCGUGCAACAACACUUCUCUGACCUCUUGAGUGGUGGUGCACCGAUCAGGGAAGACUGACCUCAGAUCAUCUCUAGAGGCUUUCUACAUUAUUUCCCUUUGACUGGACUGGAAUGCAAAGAUGCCAAUCUUGGAGAAAGAGACGGCCAGAGACCGACACAGCCAAGUGUUGGAAAAGAUCCCUGUGCCCCCACUGAAACAAACCCUUGACACUUACUUGAAAUGUGUCCAACACCUGGUGAAGGAGGAGCAAUUCAAGAAAACAAAGGCCAUCGUGGAGAAGUUCGGGGCUCCCGGAGGCGUCGGAGAGAUUCUCCAGAAGAAGCUUUCAGAGAGGAGCGACAAGACGACCAACUGGGUCUAUGACUACUGGCUGGAGGACAUGUACUUGAACAACAGGUUGGCCCUACCAGUCAACUCCAGUCCUGUCAUGGUGUUUCCUAAGCAGACGUUCAGAGAUCAUAAAGAUGCCCUCAGGUUUGCUGCUCGUCUCAUCAGAGGAGUGUUGGACUACAAGGCUCUCAUUGAUGCGCGAGCGCUGCCAGUGGAUCUUGCUCGAGGCCAGCUAGCUGGGACCCCUCUGUGCAUGGAGCAGUACUACCGCCUGUUCAACUCCUACCGCUACCCGGGGCUUAAGACAGACACGCUGAAGGUUCAUAUGAACGCAGCCUCCUCAGCGCCGGAGCACAUCAUCGUGGCGUGCAAGAACCAGUUUUUCGUGUUGGAUGUAGUCGCAAACAGCAAGCAGCUCAACGAGACGGAGAUCUUAUCCCAACUGGAGAAAAUCAUGAAAAUGGCAGAAAACGCCGAAGAGAGACUCCCUCCAUUAGGUAUCCUGACAUCUGACGGGAGAACAGAAUGGGCACAAGCCAGAGAUGCACUAACAAAAGAUCAAACCAACAGGGACUCUCUGGCUCUGAUCGAGAGCUGUGCGUGUGUGGUGUGUCUGGAUGAGCCCAGCGGCCUGGAUCCUAGAGACACCAACAGGGCCCUGCUGAUGCUGCAUGGAGGCGGCCGUGAGAAGAACGGGGCGAACCGCUGGUAUGACAAGUCAAUGCAGUUUGUUGUAGGAAUGGACGGGAUAUGCGGAGUUGUGUGCGACCAUUCGCCAUUCGAAGGGAUAGUGAUGGUGCAGUUCUCUGAAUACCUGAUGAAAUACAUAACAGGAAGUCCCUCCAAGAUGGCGAGGGCGUCCAGCAUCAGAGAGAUUCCCCCUCCAAGAAGGCUGCUCUGGAAAUGUAACCCACACAUCCAAGGACUCUUAGCAGCAUCUGGAGACAGACUCAAGAGGCUGGUGAAUAAUCUUGACAUGGAUGUUGUCAAGUUCAACGCUUAUGGGAAAGACUUCAUCAAAAAACAGAAGAUGAGUCCAGAUGCGUUCAUACAAGUCGCCCUACAGCUUGCAUUUUACAAAUGCAACAGAAGGCUCGUGUCCACUUAUGAGAGUGCAUCCAUUCGGCGUUUCCAACAGGGUCGGGUUGAUAACAUUCGCUCUGCCACCCCCGAGGCCCUGGCCUUUGUGAUGUCCAUGACAGACGAGAGGGCCACUUUCACCGAUUCAGAAAAAAUUAGACGAUUGAGGAAUGCAAUUGAUGCCCAGACAAAUUAUACAAUUAAAGCUAUUACAGGAAUGGGAAUAGACAAUCAUCUCCUCGGGCUUAUGAGGAUCGCAAAGGAGCUGAACAUGGAGAAGCCAGAGAUCUUCUGUGAUGAGACGUAUAUGGCCAGUAACCAGUUCAUCCUUUCUACCAGUCAGGUUCCUACCACAGUGGAAAUGUUCUGUUGCUACGGCCCGGUGGUGCCCAACGGCUACGGCGCCUGUUACAACCCGCAGUCAGACCACAUCAUCUUCUGUGUGUCUAGUUUCUGGGAGAACACGCAGACGAGCUCGGCCGUUUUCGUCAAAGCCCUGAACGAGGCCCUGCUGGAAAUCAGGGACCUGUGCAAUACAAGCAGCGCUGCUGCACCCAAAGUGGCUGCUAGCAGCCAGGGAGCCGGCCAGCCUCGUAAAUCAGGGAAAUAAGCCAUAACACUGAGAGAGAGCACGCCCUCUCAGGAUGCUCCACUCAACACUCUUAUAGACUUAGACUCAGUAGUUGAGAUGCCGUCGUGUGUCUUUGUUGUAUGUGCAAUAGUGUUACCUUUAACCACAAAAUGCAAAAGCCUUAAAGUUAAUAUAUAGUAUGUAAAUAUAAAAAAAUGUGAAUGAAAACUGGAAACGUUUUUUUUUUUUGGGAUGUGUGCAAACAUCAUAAUGAUUUCGGGUCCAACGAUGACCCUGUUUGACUCGGCAGACUGAGAUUAACUGGUCUGCUGCCUUUAGGAAACUGAAGCCAUGUCCGCUUUGUAGCACUGAUGAGAGGGGCAACGCCUCUAUCAGAGUGAAUCAGCUGAGUGACCCCAAUGUAGAUCUUACACACGUAGAGUAGUAAUGUAAUAUAGAUGAGAGGAUUCUGUAAAAAAAAAGAAAAAAGAAAAAUGUAUAUUUAAGUGACUUAUAACAAUCAUGACAUCCUGUAAAUGUGAUCCUGUUUCACUUUGUGUGUGCCAUUAUAUUAACAACAAACUGGAUCAGUUGUAUCAACACAUUCUCAUCCCAACACGUCACAUACUGACGCUUUGUCAGACCUAUAGACGUCACUUUUUUCGUUGCAUUAAACACGUGUCGGCGUCACUUUUUGGUCACAGUAGACACGUGCUUAAUGUUGUGAACUAAACAAAAACACGUGCUUAGGUUUAGGCAACAAAACCACCUAGUUAGGUUUAGGAAAAAAACAACA